GACGAAGAUGACAAUCGCUACAAAAGUGAACACAAAUAAAAAGGACCUUGAUACAAUCAAGGUACCGGAGCUUCCAUCAGUGGCAGCUGUCAAAGCAGCAAUCCCUGAGCACUGCUUUGUCAAGGAUCCAUUGACUUCAAUUUCAUAUCUUAUCAAGGAUUACGUACUUCUCGCUGGUCUCUAUUUUGCAGUUCCAUACAUUGAGCAUUAUCUCGGAUGGAUCGGGCUUCUUGGAUGGUAUUGGGCAAUGGGAAUUGUUGGAUCCGCAUUGUUCUGUGUGGGUCAUGACUGUGGACAUGGAUCAUUCUCCGAUUAUGAAUGGCUCAAUGAUCUUUGUGGACAUUUGGCUCAUGCUCCAAUUCUUGCUCCAUUCUGGCCAUGGCAAAAGUCUCAUAGACAACAUCAUCAAUACACAUCCCACGUGGAAAAGGAUAAGGGACAUCCAUGGGUUACUGAGGAAGACUACAAUAAUAGAACUGCUAUUGAGAAGUAUUUCGCUGUGAUUCCAAUUUCCGGAUGGCUUCGAUGGAAUCCAAUCUACACCAUCGUCGGUCUUCCAGAUGGAUCUCAUUUCUGGCCAUGGUCCCGGCUCUUCGAGACUACUGAGGAUCGUGUCAAGUGUGCAGUUUCUGGAGUUGCAUGCGCUAUCUGUGCUUACAUUGCCUUUGUCCUCUGCGACUAUUCUGUCUACACAUUUGUCAAGUACUACUACAUUCCACUUCUCUUCCAAGGACUUAUUCUCGUCAUUAUCACAUAUCUUCAACAUCAGAAUGAGGAUAUUGAGGUCUACGAAGCUGAUGAGUGGGGAUUUGUACGCGGACAAACCCAAACUAUCGACAGACACUGGGGAUUCGGACUCGACAACAUCAUGCACAACAUUACCAACGGUCACGUCGCCCAUCACUUCUUCUUCACCAAAAUCCCACAUUAUCAUCUGUUGGAGGCAACUCCAGCAAUCAAGAAAGCUCUUGAACCACUGAAAGACACUCAAUACGGAUACAAACGAGAAGUCAACUAUAACUGGUUCUUCAAGUAUCUUCACUACAACGUUACCCUCGACUAUUUGACUCAUAAAGCAAAGGGUGUCCUGCAAUACAGAAGUGGAGUUGAGGCUGCAAAGGCUAAGAAGGCUCAAUAAACUACAAAAUCUCCUGACACGUGUUCAUUUUUUUGAUUGCCAUUUUAUGUUAUAACCAAUUUUGAAUUUGUUUUUGAAAAUUAAUUCUCACAUAUUUCAAUGAAAAUUUAUGUGCUA